AUGCAUCUCAUGUGCGCGUCUGUGAUGCAGAGAGGUUGGGGAGGAGAAGCGGCGAAGCGUAAACCUUACCCGUCCCACGAAUACGACGCACGCCUCAACCAGCAGCGCAGUGUGGAGAUCCCAGCUGCUUUCGGUGAGCCCCGCCUCGGUGCCAGCGCCGCUUCGGAGCGCCUGCUGGAGUGCUCUGCGCGAGCUCUCCUGUACAGGCUCCGCAGAAGUAUCCGAGGACCGCCUGGGGAGCAGGGCUGCGAUCUUGCGACGCACGCACCCAAAGGACCCCCUGGCGAGGGCGACGUGCAUGUUCGCGAGGACGGCCCGCCUUUUCGGUGA